CCUCGAACUGUCCAUCAUCUGACGAGCACUCAGCUGGCCCUGUACUAGUUUUUGACAACAACGAGUCUGUUGACAAUGUUCACAUCUUGACUAUUGGUUCUUUAAACUGCCACAAGUCACUCCUACUCUGUUGUCUUUUUAUUUUUGAAGCUGUACAUCAUGGAAACGUCUGCGCCCAAAAGUAAGCUGAAAAAGCUGAGUGAAGACAGUUUGACCAAACAACCGGAGGAAGUGUUUGAUGUUCUCGAGAAACUCGGCGAAGGUUCCUAUGGCAGCGUAUUUAAAGCCAUCCAUAAAGAGUCGGGCCAGGUGGUGGCCAUCAAGCAGGUUCCUGUGGAGUCAGAUUUGCAGGAAAUCAUCAAGGAGAUUUCCAUCAUGCAGCAGUGUGACAGCCCUUACGUAGUGAAAUACUAUGGCAGCUACUUCAAGAACACAGACCUCUGGAUCGUCAUGGAGUACUGUGGAGCGGGUUCUGUCUCUGACAUCAUCAGAUUGCGCAACAAGACGCUGACAGAAGAUGAAAUUGCCACCAUCCUUAAGUCAACACUGAAGGGUCUUGAAUACCUUCACUUCAUGAGGAAGAUCCAUCGAGACAUCAAGGCAGGAAACAUCCUUCUCAACACUGAGGGUCACGCCAAACUGGCAGACUUCGGAGUUGCUGGACAACUAACGGACACCAUGGCUAAGAGGAACACUGUGAUCGGUACUCCAUUCUGGAUGGCUCCAGAGGUGAUCCAGGAGAUCGGCUACAACUGUGUAGCUGACAUCUGGUCCCUGGGCAUCACAUCCAUCGAGAUGGCAGAGGGCAAACCUCCAUACGCCGACAUCCAUCCUAUGAGAGCCAUUUUUAUGAUCCCCACCAACCCUCCUCCAACGUUCAGAAAGCCGGAGCUCUGGUCAGACGAAUUCACAGACUUUGUUAAGAAAUGUUUGGUCAAGAACCCAGAGCAGAGAGCAACCGCCACACAACUGCUACAGCACCCAUUCAUCAGCCAGGCCAAACCAGUUACCAUCCUCAGAGACCUGAUAACUGAAGCCAUGGAGAUGAAAGCCAAGAGGCAGCAGGAGCAGCAGAGAGAGCUGGAGGAGGAGGACGACAACUCUGAGGAAGAGACCGAGGUGGAUUCUCACACCAUGGUGAAGUCGGGCUCAGAGGGCGCCGGGACAAUGCGGGCCACCAGCACGAUGAGCGACGGGGCUCAGACUAUGAUCGAACACGGCAGCACCAUGCUUGAGUCAGAUCUGGGCACUAUGGUUAUCAACAGUGAUGAUGAAGAAGAGGAGGAAGACCAGGGAUCAAUGAGACGGCACGCCACCCCACAGCAGCCGAUACGUCCGUCCUUCAUGGAUUACUUUGACAAGCAGGACUCCAACAAAGCGGCCCAGCAGCAGGAGAACUACAACCACAACCAGCCACAGGAGCAGCCCGGCUACCACAUCCAGUCCAAGAACGUCUUCCCUGACAACUGGAAGGUGCCUCAGGACGGAGACUUUGACUUUCUGAAGAACCUGGACUUUGAGGAGCUGCAGCUGCGCUUGACUGCCUUAGACCCCAUGAUGGAGCGUGAGAUCGAGGAGCUCAGGCAGCGCUACACCGCCAAAAGGCAGCCCAUCCUGGAUGCAAUGGAUGCCAAGAAGAGACGACAACAGAACUUCUGAGAGCUCCUCCUUGUCGCCUUCUCCCCUGCUGUGGAUUUCCCAAAGUCACCAUCACCACAAAGCUUAACUCCCAGUGACUCAGGGGAACUAAGACGACCUUGUUGCUCUUAUCGGACGCCCUCUGCUGUGCUGACUAACUGCCAGCAGGCCUUGAAUGAAGAUAGAUGCUUCCCCUCCUGGGUGACAUUCAUUUGACUCCUGGAAUAUCCUCUGCACAUGUUAAAUUUUCCUCUACAGUUCCCUCAAAUUUAUUUUCCCAUGAGCAAUGCCCGAAAGGAGAACCAAGCCAUGGCAUCUGAAAAUAUCUGAAGAAUUUCCUCUUUUCUCAAUGAAAGCCUGUCUUGUCAUGCAGAGAACACUCAGGAACCAGCAUCAGUGCAUAAGGAAGCCUAUCCACCAGCAGCAGCAGCAGCAGCAGUUCCAGCAGAGGGGCCAAUAAUGCCGUCUUUUUUCCUCAGACUUUUACUUUCUGUGUAAAUAUAAUAUAGAGCCUAGUUUGGAAAUACCUGCAACAAAGCUGUGGAGGUUCGUCCAUGACCAAAGACAAUCGAGAUGACGUUGACGAUGAAGUUGAGAAUGCCUUAAAAUAUUUGAAACCGUGUUUUCAAAAUAAGCAAUGUAAAAAACAAAACAAAAAAAAAAAAAACAGCCAAGUCAUCGGAGCGUUACAUCCAUUUCAUCACGUGGAGACGGGUUGGAUUGUAGAUUGUGGAAAGAUAAAAUGUUUGUCGGAAUGGAAAGAAAUCACGUGGUUGGUGAAGAACGGUUCGUGCAUGUUUUCAAUCAUUUGUGGACCAGGAAAUUCUAAAAUGAUCUCAUCAGUCUUUAUUAUCGUUUUUUGUUUAAUUUUGCCAUUUUCAAGUACUGUGUUCUAGGCUUCAUUAAACAUCCAUCACAGACUUCAUGCAUCUUAGUGCCUCAUAACACACUGAUCCCAGUUCUACGUCGUUCUGAGCACACUCACUCUGUGCUCUGCAUGUUUUUAAAUUCAGAGAUGGCACAGAAAUUCAUUCCCAAGUGUAAAGAAAGACUUCCUAAAUACUGUAUGAUUUCAUCCUUUGAAGCCCUAUUCUCUAUUUUCUUUCAUCGUCCCUCUUUAUGACUGAUUGACUUUCGCCUCCAGUGACCCAGCUUCAACUCUUUUAUAAACCGUUUUAUUGCAGGAGAUUAAAAUGAAGCUGAGAUAAGAAAAAUUAAAGUGACCGACUGAAAUACUGCAGACGAGAGCCGCUGCAUCAGCCACACGUUUAACUUCAGAGUUUCAGAGUUUAUUUGUCGUUGCAUUAAAGUUUCUCUUGCAGCUUGUAUGUGCGCAUUAGCAGCUAUGAGUGCGAAUGCUUUCUAUUUCCUGACAUUUAGAGGCGAUUAGUGAAGAAAUGAAAACUUGCUGUGCUCAUUUAUAAAAUCUAAUAAAUUAAGAAAGUGUAGCUGAGAACCACGGUUUUCGUUAUUAAUUGCUAAAUUCAAGGAACCUUUAUAUUUUGCUUCAUGUUCAUCCUAAAAAAAAUGACUUUUUUCUGGAUUUUCUCCACUCUGAGAUAUCAAAUGGUUAAUUGAAAACCCCUCUACUUGCAAUCUAUUAGUCUAUUUGUCCUCUUUAUAACAGAGGCUGUUCGGGCUUUAAUUGUGCUUUUUGUGUUGAUGAAGGACAUUUUGAUUUCCUUUUCUUUUUUUGCGGUAAUGACGACGUUUUGAAUGAAUUCAUCCUGUCUUAAACUCGUGUCUGCAGGUCGCUGUUACAUAUGAAUGUGGCUCGUUCUUACUGCACAUUAGGUGAUAUUUGAACAUUACGGUGAUAAUUAGAAGACCUGCUGUUACACUAUCUCACUGUCUUACCUGAUGGACAGAAAAUUGGCUCCCAUUUUUGGACACAAAUACAAAUUUCAAUCAUGAUGAUGUCAGCUUUUGAAUGAUCAUUACUGUCUGUUUUCUUAUAUCUUCUUCUAUGUUUCGACCAUUAACAUGUUGACUUUCAUUCCUAGAUUAAGUCUGUACCUCAUCGACAACUUAAAAACAAGCAUUCACACUUUAUUUAUUGAACUUUUUCUUUUGGUGACACUGGUUUAAAUAUGGUAGCUGAUUUGGCUGUUAAUAUUUUUGCCCUCGGUCAUAUCAAUGUGUCUUGAUUUCUCUUUGUGUCUCUUAGACUAUGCAUGUUUAAAAUUCAGUUUGCUAUGUAGUGGAAUGCUAUUGUAUUAACUGCACAGGAAAGAGUACUGUUCAUAUGGAAGAUGGAUUAUUUUUAAUUUAGCUUUUAAAUAUUCGCUCUGCACAAUAAAAACACAUUUUAAAAAAAAGUCAAAUUUGUAAUCUGAAAUAGUUCAGGAUCAUGUACAGUUAUCGGAAAUCAUGUUUUAUUGUUUGUCUUCAUUUCUUUUAUGUUAUUUCCACAUUAUAAAGACUUGAGGGUGUAGAGUGGAAUGUAAGCAUUUAUGUUUGAACCACUUAAUUUAUUAUGUUUUGUUUGUAAUACUUUAUAAAGUUUUGAAAAAUGUGCAAGAAAUAAUAAAAGUUACUUAUAGUUAACCAGAAA